CUGUGUUUGAAGAGCAAAGAGAAGAAGAAAAGGAUGGCUGCUCUGUUGCGUUGGACGACUGUGACGCUCGUCGUCUUCUUCCUGUCCACUGAAGCCAGAGCAGAUGCUGUGGAUCCACAAAGACUUUCACAGAUCGUAAGCGGCCUGUUGAGGCAAUAUAGAGUGAACGGAAUGUUCAGUUUGGCCGCGAGUGUCCCCGAGAACCAGAACCAGAACCAGAACAUUAACCAAAUCCUUCAGCCAGUCUUUGAGAGUGAUCCUGCCAACAACGUGAAGAACAAAAUCAACAAUGGCGAGGUGUACGUUGGCAGCAGGGUGGUGGCAGCCAAGGUUCUGCCCCGUGAGUCAGGAUCUGAUCACGCAGAGGCUCGCGUGGCGUCCGAACUCACUCAUUUCACCCAAAGUCUCAACGACAACGACCUGUUGCUUUUCUACGUCUUUGCCUCCCCGUGUGUCGAAAAAUGUACACUCCAGGGACACAGGGAGAACAUCCUGCAGAAGGUCGGGCUCCUUCAGCAGUGGCCACACCACGCAUUUGUGUUUUCUAAAAUAUUCAAACCAAAAGGUGAUUACACCAACACUCAGGAUCAACGCGAAGGAGCCCUGAGGGCGCUCGGGGAGGCCGUCGGACGAGACAGCGUGUUCCGCUGUGACGGACAAGAGUGCGUCAGCUGCUUUAGUGACAAUCAACACAUCACUCCUUAUUGUGUUUCACACCAAACUCAGGGUUUAACUCAGGGUUUAACUCAGGGUUUAACUCAGGGUUUAACUCAGGGUUUAACUCAGGGUUUAACUCAGGGUUUAACUCAGGACAAUAGCUACCCUUCGUCAGGUAGAGGUCAGGACAGUGGCAGGAGAGGAGGAGGAGGGUUCCCUUGCAGAAGAAUCGGUCGUCGAGCCAAAAGGAGCAUUGGUGGAAAUGAUGACUCAGAUUCUGGCAUCUGUUCCCUUUCACCACAAAAUGGCUCCUCUGAUAGUGAAACACAAGGAGACCAAAUUGAUCGCGGGAACGAUGUUGGCGAAGUAAGAGCAAGUGGACGAGGAAAAGGAGUGAGCAGAGGAAAAGGAGUGAGAGGAGAGAAAGGUAGAGGAGGGAAAGGAGUGAGAGGAGAGAAAGGUAGAGGAGGGAAAGGUAGGGGAGGGAAAGGAGUGAGAGGAGAGAAAGGUAGAGGAGGGAAAGGAGUGAGAGGAGAGAAAGGUAGAGGAGGGAAAGGAGUGAGAGGAGAGAAAGGUAGAGGAGGGAAAGGUAGAGGAGGGAAAGGAGUGAGAGGAGAGAAAGGUAGAGGAGGGAAAGGUAGAGGAGGGAAAGGAGUGAGAGGAGAGAAAGGAGUGAGAGGAGGGAAAGGUAGAGGAGGGAAAGGAGUGAGAGGAGGGAAAGGUAGAGGAGGGAAAGGAGUGAGAGGAGGGAAAGGAGUGAGAGGAGGGAAAGGAGUGAGAGGAGAGAAAGGAGUGAGAGGAGGGAAAGGUAGAGGAGGGAAAGGUAGAGGAGGGAAAGGAAUGAUAAAGAGAGGAGGGAACAAGCGUGUGCAAAAAAGCAGUCGGCAUAAGAGUCGCAGAGGUAGAGGUGGUGGUUAG